CAGUAUAAUUAAAUAUUCGGCAGAAAUAUACGAAUUUGGAAGCAACUUAAGGUCGUCGUACGUUGGAUCAACACAUCUGUUCUACUUUUAUCACAUAACAAGAUGAAAUGUAUAUGUGCAUGACAUACAUGCACAUUUAUAUAGCUGCAUUUUGAGCACAGUACCAACAGAGUACGGUAAGUAGCGCUGUUCGUUCUCGCUACUACUACUUGUCACUUUGUCAUUCAGUAAUUAUACAUCAAUCGAACAUUGUAUUUGUAGUGAUCUUUUUCUAUAAAUAUAUAAAUAAUUUCUUAUUGAAGACAAACCUAUUAAUUCAAUCGAAACGAAGUUUCAAAAGCAAUAUAAUUAUCCGGAAUUUGUAAUUUAUAAGCAAUUUAUUAUGUAUUUCACUUGCCAACACAUCGGGAUUAGAUCCUUCGACAUGCCUCGGAUAUUAAAAGGAUUUUGCAAUCCUUAAGGAUAAAAUACGUUUGAAUUUAUUUGGAUCAUGAACUAUAUGUUCAUUUUUUUGAAACUGUAAAACCGGACUGAUAAUUUAUUACGUAUUUUAUUCAAAAUAUCGUAAAAUCCUGUCGUAACAGGAAUUUAAUAUUACAAUAAGCAACGAAUAUAAUUGUGACUUUAUAUUUACCAAUUAAAAAGUUCAUAUAUUUAAAAAGGAAGAACGAAACGUUGCUUAAAAGAAAUGAAAGACACAGCAAGUAAUAAAUACGAAAAACUUUUCGAAGAUAAUGAACUUGAUACUGCUGCUACAACUACUGACAAGGAACGUAAUAAAAAUGCACCGGUAAAAGAGGAUAAAGAUCAAACUUCAGUAAUGUGGUUAACAACAGCUGAAGCAGCCAGUCUUGGUGCUGAGGAAGUUGCAGCUAGGUUGCAUGUUGAUGUAAGAACAGGUCUUUGGUGGCAAGAGGCAGACCACCGAAAACAGUUAGUUGGAUUUAAUGAAUUUAGUGUUAAGGAACAAGAACCAACAUGGAAAAAAUAUCUUGAACAGUUUAAAAAUCCUCUAAUUCUGUUACUUCUUGCUUCUGCCUUUGUUAGUGUAUGUAUGAGGCAGUUUGAUGAUGCUGUUAGUAUUACAGUGGCUAUUAUAAUAGUAGUGACAGUUGCAUUUGUACAAGAAUACCGUUCUGAAAAAUCCUUAGAAGAAUUAAAUAAAUUGGUGCCACCAACUUGUCACUGCUUACGAGAAAGCCGAGUAGAAACAUUUCUUGCUCGCAAUUUAGUUCCUGGUGAUAUAGUUUAUUUAAAUAUUGGUGAUAGAGUACCUGCAGAUGUCAGGAUAUUUGAAGCAAUAGAUUUAGCAAUUGAUGAAAGUAGUUUUACUGGAGAAACUGAACCAGCACAAAAGUCAACAGCUCCAUUACUUAAAGCUAAUGGAUUGACAACAAAGAGGAAUAUUGCAUUUAUGGGUACAUUAGUGCGUUGUGGCAAUGGGAAAGGUAUAGUAGUAAAUACAGGAGAAAAAAGUGAAUUUGGAGAAGUUUUUUCAAUGAUGCAAGCAGAAGAAGCUCCUAAAACACCACUUCAAAGAAGUAUGCAUAUUUUGGGCACUCAAUUAUCUUUUUAUUCAUUUUGCAUUAUUGGUAUUAUUAUGCUUCUUGGCUGGAUCCAAGGCAAAGCUUUACUUGAAAUGCUUACUAUCAGUGUAAGUUUGGCAGUGGCAGCUAUACCAGAGGGUUUGCCUAUUGUUGUGACUGUAACUUUAGCAUUGGGUGUUAUGAGAAUGGUUAAAAGAAAAGCUAUAGUAAAGAAAUUACCAACAGUAGAAACACUCGGUUGCGUAAAUGUGAUAUGCUCCGAUAAAACAGGCACCAUUACAAAGAAUGAAAUGACUGCAACAAUUUUAGUGACAUCAGAAGGAUAUAUAGCUGAUAUUACUGGGACUGGUUAUAAUGAUAAAGGAGAUGUACGAAUUCGAAAAUGUGAUAAUAUGAAUCUUGCACGCAAUGCUAUUAGUAAUAUGUUGGAAGUAGGAUGUGUUUGCAAUAAUGCAAUAAUACAAAAUGAUACUUUACUCGGUCAGCCAACUGAAGGUGCAUUAAUAGCAUUAGCAAUGAAAUAUGGAAUGUAUGGAAUUUCUGAUAAGUAUUUGCGAUUACAAGAAUAUCCAUUUUCAUCUGAGCAAAAAAUGAUGGCUGUGAAGUGUACACCGAAAUAUGGAGAGAAUAAGCAAGAAAUAUAUUUUGUAAAAGGUGCUUUGGAUAAGAUAUUACCAUUAUGUACCAAAUAUUCUGUUAAUGGUCAAGAAUAUUCUUUGAAUCAAAAAAAAGAUGAAGAAUUUUUAACAGAAGCUUAUGAAAUUGGGCAGCAAGGAUUAAGAGUAAUUGGAUUAGCACGUGGAAAAUCAUUACAAGAUUUAAUGUAUGUUGGUCUUAUUGGUAUAUGCGAUCCUCCACGACCACACGUUCGUGAAUCUAUAACGACUUUGAUAAAUAGCGGUGUUAAAGUUAAAAUGGUUACAGGUGAUGCUAAAGAAACUGCAUCUGCAAUAGCAAGUAUGAUUGGAUUAGAUGUACUUCAUUCGCGGCUAAUUUCUGGAGAUGAAAUUGAUUUGAUGUCCGAACAUCAAUUAGAACAAUGUAUUAAUAACGUUAGUGUAUUUUAUCGGGUCACACCUAAACAUAAAUUGGCUAUUGUAAAAGCUUUACAAAGGGAAGGAAAUAUAGUAGGUAUGACGGGUGAUGGCGUUAAUGAUGGUGUUGCUUUGAAAAAAGCAGAUAUAGGCAUAGCAAUGGGUAAAAAUGGUACUGAUGUUUGUAAAGAAGCUGCAGACAUGAUUUUAGUGGAUGAUGAUUUUGAAACUAUCAUUGCUGCAAUUGAGGAAGGAAAAGGAAUUUUUCAUAAUAUACGAAAUUUUUUAAGAUUUCAAUUGAGUACUAGUAUAGCUGCUCUAUCUUUAAUUGCACUUGCUACUUUAAUGGGUAUUGCAAAUCCUUUAAACGCAAUGCAAAUUCUUUGGAUAAAUAUUAUUAUGGAUGGACCACCUGCUCAAAGUCUUGGUGUUGAACCAGUUGAUAAAGAUGUAUUAAAACAGAAACCACGUAAUAUAAAAGAACCAAUGAUUACGCGACAUCUUAUUAUUAAUGUACUAUUAUCAGCUACUAUUAUUAUUAUUGGUACUUUAUGGGUUUAUAAUAAAGAGAUGAGAACUGAUGGUAAUACUGCAAGAGAUACAACCAUGACAUUUACAUGUUUUGUUUUUUUCGAUAUGUUCAAUGCUUUAAGUUGCAGAUCACAGACCAAGUCAAUAUUUACUAUUGGUUUAUGGAGUAACAAAAUGUUCCUGGUAGCCGUAGCAUUAUCAGUAAUAGGACAGAUGUUAGUGAUCUAUUUCCCACCGUUACAACGAGUUUUUCAAACCGAAGCUCUUUCAGCUAUAGAUAUCUUGUUUCUCGUCGCACUCACAUCAAGUGUUUUCAUAAUUAGCGAGAUAAAGAAAUUUAUAGAGAGACAACUAUUCAAACGGCGAGCAGGUACACAAUAUUAUAAUAAAUCUGAGAUGGAUUUUGUAUGACAGUUACAGUCUGCCGAAGAUAAGGCGGACAAGGAUCAUUUGGAAUAAAAUACCCAACACACAUUAUGCGGGUAGUAGAUUGGUUUAUCAAUAUUAUCUCGCUAUACUCAAUUAUGCUUAUAUACUUGUAAACUUGUAUAUGCACUUAUCACGAAACAAACAUUUGUGCAUCUAAUUAAGCGCGUUUAACUAAGAUUUAAAAUGACUGCGUUUUUUAAUCUUUCCAAAUUUUUCUGACUUUUCUGAUAUACGAUAUCAGGUUUUUAGACUUAGAAUUUAGCCAUUUCUCGUCCUUACAAUAAUUGUAUUAGACAUGUCAUAGAUUCUAGAAAUGCUAUGCACAUUCCACUAAUUUUUCGUAGACGAUCGAUUUUAAUAAUAUUACUCGUAAUCGUAUUUAUAGUAAUUUUUGUCUUGAUUAAUCAUAAUAUUCUAAUAUAUAAUACAUUUUUUCAUUCAUCUUAUUGAUAAAUAUCAUUAAUGAAAAUAUUUAUCUCUUAAGAUAAAUAUAUUUAUUCGUUUCUUUCGCGAUAAUUAUAGAUCACAGUGUCUAAUAAUAAAAAUAAUAAUCCGUGAAGAAGAAACAUAUAUUUACGACAUAAUUAAGCAUAUCGAUCAAUUGCAUUUAAAAAUACAAUUGGUUAUAAUUAAAAGAAUAAACAAUCUUGUAAUGUUCUUUAA